ACAGCCCGCUUAUAAGCCGCUUAAGCCUCCCCAAUAAACUCCAGCCAUAGACCAAAAUGCUCACCAAAAGCCUCUACGAGUCACGUUGGGCACCCCAGAACAACACUCCUCAAUCAACCACGCCAUCACCAUCUUCCGCUCAAGAACUCGCGCGUUUCUUGAAGAUCGUUUCGCGACUGAAAUGGAAACUACCAUUUCUAUCCGAAGGAUACCGCCUGGCCACGGCCCGCUUCGAUAUGUCGCCCUCCGACGUUGCCUAUGCGGAGAUCAUGUUUAAGAUCGAUUUCCACGAAUAUUACGCACUACUUGAGCGCGCGAUAGUACAUUUACUUGCCGUUUGGGGCAUUACCGUACCCAACCCCCGUUACAAAGUGACCGAUCCCCAAAAUUCUACCAAAGGCAACGUUUCGAGUGAUCGGUGGUCCGCGACACACAGAUACCACGCCACUGUCCUGGAAACGCUGGAAAGAGAAUCGUGCCCUCUAUACCCCGCGUUAGGUAGCGGAUCAGUCCGCGAUCAGCUACGGCGAGCCAAGCAGCUUCGCAAUCGGUGGAAGACCGCGGACUCGCCCGAGGAAGACGAACAGCAUAGAUCCGCUGCCUUCUCUGGGACGUCGGGGAACAACAACGUACCUUUAGAGAGCUACGAUCUAGAAGGAAUGAUAACAAGCAUCUUCAGCGGCUUGGAGCAGGGGCAUGCUUUGGCCCAGCAGCAUGUUUCUAGAGACAAUCCCGAGAUGGAGAUUGAGACCUCCGUCGCCGGUGACACUCGUGCCGAUUGGGAUUUCAUUGUUGAUGCGAUGGAUUGGGAGGCCCAAGAGAUAAUCCGGCAUGUCCUAUUGAAAAAGUACACUAGAGAAAGCGGAGAGUUGGGAUGGCAGACAACAGCAAAAGAAGCGCUGUUAACUCUGAAACGCCAGGCUUUGAACCGCGGAAGCGAGGGAAAUACACCCAAGUCGCUUGGCAAUAAUGAAUGCAAGCGCCGAAAGUUGAAAUGCAGUGGAGGGGAUGUAUGCAAGCGAUGCGUAUCAAAUGAAAUUUCUUGUGUAUACGCCGCUCAUCCCCGACCACCUGCAAGCGAGGAAAAUCAAUCUGCAGAUAAUUAUAGCUCAUCGUGGAAACUGAAAUCUCUGGAAAGCCGCAUGUCGGCUAUGCAGAAGCAGCUAGAUCUCAUGUCCACUGAGAUUGGAAUCCUGCGAAGAAGAUCCUUGCCAUUCCAGCGACAUGCCCAGGCGACAAUUGAACCCAACAAGCCUACUGAUCUCCGGUGGGCGACGCGGGCUCCAGUGUCACCUAGCUAUGUCGGACCGACGAGCAGUGAAUUCGGUCUCAAUGUUCCGGAUGAUGAUGUACCGGAUAUAGACGAAACGGAAAAUUCAGAAAUUGUGCAGCCAUCUUCGUCAAAUAGCCCGUAUGUACCACCUAUACUGCCAGAAGAAGGAAGAAAAAGAGCAAGUAUCUCAACAAGCAAUCCUCUACUCUCUCUCGGCGAGGCCGAUGCUCUACGGCUUGUCGACGUGUACGAGGAGGCUGUUGGACUAAUGUAUCCCGUUGUUGAUCUCAAAAGUAUUCGGGAAUACAUUAUUGACUACUAUAGUCAGCACUCGAAUGAUUCCGCUAAUGAUAUUUGCCCUCCUCAGAACGGUAAUGAGGUAUGGUGGUUCUCUGCGCGUGAUACCGAGGUCUUGAAAAUUGUACUUGCUCUGGCUUUGAUAUCCGAAUCACCAGGUCAAAGCGAACUGGGAAAUAUACUGGCUUCCAGUGUUGAAGACACGUUCGCCCAAACCAGAACGCAGGUGCCUGAAGUCGAUAUGAAGGAGUUGAUCAUCCUCGCAUUGGUGGCUCUGUAUCACUCACUUCGUGAUGACGAUAUUUUAGCAUGGCGUACCAUCGGUUUGGCCACUCGAGGUGCCAUACAAAUGGGCCUACAUCGAUGCGAUACGUGGCUACGGACGGGAGGCAUUUUCCCCGGCGAUCUGGAACGCUCUUGGGCAAUUAAUCUCUUCUGGUGCAUCUACGUUUUUGACAAGGAGUUCUCUUUCGAAACCGGUUUACCAUUUUCCAUGCGGGAUUCUGACAUGGAUCCUACUCUGCCUGUGCCGACCGAAUACCACACAUACCUAGAGUGCAUGAUUUCAUAUUGCCGUGUUGGCGGCAAGAUAAUGGAUCUGAUGAUUGGUUGGGGCAGUACAGCCAGAGCGGUAGGAUCUGAUAAUGAGUCCUUUCUGAAUUUCCAGAUACAACAAUGGCAAGAAUCUAUACCUUCCGAGUUCCGCCUUGAGGACCUCCGGAGUGACAGGACUCCUACGAUGAGAGACUCUCGCCUAGCAACACCACGGAUCCUCUUACAUUUACGCGCAAACCAGAUGAGAAUACUAGUGUACAAACAGAAUCUCCUCAGUGCGGAGUCGAUUAGAAACAACCUUACAGGCGCAAAUAUCGCCGUGACAAAUGCCAGGAACACGAUACACACAUUAAGCAAACUACGCUAUGUUUCGGCAAUCUAUUUUCAACGACCACAGCCAUUCGACCGAUUCCUCUUCUCGGCGCUAGCAACUUUGUUCCUGGCCAUGUUCCAUUCGCCAGAUUAUUUUGUGAAUGUGUGUCGCGACAGCUUUUCUGAGGCACUGAAUGCACUAAAACGAUCAUCUAUCCGCGGGAGACAUUCUCGACGACUUCGCAAAGUGAUGAAGAACCUCAAACGACUCGGCAUUAACCGACCCCCUAGUGGAAAUAGACAAUCUCAUCCUUCAGCAGCACCACCACCACCACCACGCCAUGCCAAUCAACACCACGCUACAAAUGUAAUCGAAUCUGAAACGAUGUCAAACGCACAAGCCGCCGGUAUGGAUCCUUCAGUUUAUUCAGUUCCUCCAUCACUAGUCAAUGAGACUACGCCAGACGACUACAGUGACCUGACCAACUUUUUUGAGUUUGCUGGUGAUUUCUUCAUGGACCCGCAACCCAGUCUUCGCGGCGAUGUUGAUCAAGCUAAUGUUAUGUCGAAUGAGUUGACGCACCAAUUCCAGAAUUCGAUUGAUAUGUUCCAGGGGGGAGAUGAGACGUUGACUAGGUUGAUGAUGGGACUGUUAUGAUAGCGAUAGAAGCAUUCCGGUUGCGGCUCUUGUUCUCGCGGGAGCUUCUCAACUGUUGUAUACGAAAGCAAGCAACUUUUAAGGCUAAAGCUACUUUUGUUUGCCGAUGCAAUGCCUGGCAUCUACCUGAGGUAUUUGGGCCAUGAUAGAUCCAAGCAUGUUCAAAUUUCCACGUACAGUAGAACCUGGUUAUAACGAACAGAAGG